AUGGCUGAUUGUCCACUACCAACCCCAGAGGAGACGCUGGGCUGGAAUGGAGGUUGUGGCGUGGAUAUCAACAUGGAACGCGAGCGCAGUUUUGGCUCAUACGCCGGAAUUGAUGAUUUCAUUGGGGCCCUCCCUGUGAAACAGAUGUACAAAGUUUAUGCAGAGCUUUAUGCAGGCAAGCAAGAUCACCUUCACGAGUACAUUAUGAUGCUGCGAUGGCUGAGAUCCUCCAUGGAAAUUUCGGAGAUCACAGUCAAACACCUUCAUGAUCGUCUAAGUUUCUUGAAGGUCUACCUUGAGUAUACCCGGACGAAGCUCGAAGAACACUACAAGUGCUACAAGAAAAUGAAAGCGGACGAAGCUGUUGAUGACGAGGUUAUUUAUCUCCACAAGAAGGACGGGUUCCACAAGAAACGCGGCUACAGUAUUUUUGUAUAUCUAAGUAUGGUCAUGACCGUCGUCAACGUAUUGGCGAAGCAAAUUGACAAGUAUGAAUGGCAGCAGUGCUAA